AUGGCGCCCACUGCUUCCUCCGUUCUCGGCAAGCGCAAGCAAUCAGACCGCACUGUCGACAUUGAGGUACGCAUCAUCUUUGAGAACCACUGGGCCACCGAUGUCGUUGCCGUUCCCGCCGCUGCCACCUUCGAAAAGUUCUUCGACAAUAUCAAGGCCGCACUGCCCACUGCCCGACGACAUUCGAUUCUCGGCGAAGAGCUGACUGCUCCCCGCGCCUUCUUGCAAGAGACUACUGCCAAAGUCCCCGGCCUUCGCAAGACCAAGUACAUGACUGUCCGCUGGUUCGAUACCGUCGGCUACAACGGCUGGUACCAGCGCAACGUGGUUGAAGGCGACCAGAGCGUUCUCAAAGGCGAAAUUCACCUCCGCACCAACACCGGUGCCAUGCUCGAGCUGCAAGCUGAAGAAGAUGAGGUGCUGAAGGGCACCGGCAACUGGACCAAGGCCUCGUACAUUCGUCUGGGCAAUAAGGGAGUCGUUGCGCCCAACAGGCACGUCUGGAAGGAAGCUGAGGCUGAAAAGAAUUAUUUUGUUGGAGAGAUGGAGCUGCCAACGGUGUCCUCGACCGAGGAGUGGUUCCCAGAGCGGUGUGUUCCGAUCGAGCUGACUAGGAAGAAGGCAGACUUGCCGGAGAGGGCGGUACAGGAGAUCAACGGAGCCGAGAAGGCUGAGGGUGCAGCGCAGGAUCAGGGUAGCCGAGAUGACCAGGGAGACUUCAUCAUUGAGGUCGACCUAGACCAAGACUAUGGGCUACUCACUAAAGAAGAUGAGGACUUGAUUGACUCCCUAUUCGGCUGA